CGGAUUCCGAUUCCGAUUUGGACUCGUUCUCUCUUCUCUUCUCAUUCUCUGCUGCUUGUCGUCUGUUCCCCGAUCCUCUAUCUCUCCGGAGAAGCUGAGGCUGUCUCACUUUGCCGCCGACCAGACAGGAGUCUGAUCUCAGUUCUUGCUUUCACACAACACAACCUUGUUCAGGUGUGCUGUGGUGGGUUGAGGCUUGAGAUUUAAUUUGGAGUGACGUGUUCUGCUGUGUUUUUCUGGCAAGAUAUACAGAGAGAUGGCUCUUCUUGAGGAUUAUUUUGCAUCAGAACUGAAUUCUGUACUUAUGAACACCAGUUCUUCACUGGGUUUGACUAUGUUGGAUAAAAAGUAUCAACCCAACUUUUUACUUGAACAUAGGAUCAGAGUGAAGCCACGGGAUCAAAUGCCUCUCUUGCAGCUGGCAAUUGCAGUUCUAAAGGCGACGCCCAAUCAAAUUUGAUGACUGAACUCAAGGACAAUUCUUCAUUUGGAAAUGACCAGACACUCAAGGUCAGGAAACCUUACACAAUUACCAAACAAAGAGAGAAAUGGACAGAGGAAGAACAUCAAAAGUUUCUUGAAGCCUUGAAAUUGUAUGGCCGAGGUUGGCGUCAAAUAGAAGAACAUGUAGGCACCAAAACUGCUGUUCAGAUACGAAGUCAUGCACAGAAGUUCUUCUCUAAGGUAGCUAAGGAGUCACCUGGAACUGGUGAAGGUUCCCUCAAACCAAUUGAAAUACCUCCGCCGCGACCAAAACGGAAGCCUAUGCAUCCUUAUCCACGUAAACAUAAUGGAUCACCAGAAAGGAGGUCACCAUCCCCAAAUUUUUCAGUUGCUGAGAAAGGCCAAGAAUCCCCCACUUCAGUAUUUUCUGUACCUGGUUCUGAUGUAAUUGGGUCUGCCACUUUGGACCAGUAUAACAGGUCUCGUCCUUCAACUUCAUAUACUACUGACAUGCGAUCAACUAGCUUGUCCCAUGGUGAAAAGGAGAAUGACUAUGCGACAUCCAACCCGUCCCCUGAUGUAGCAAAAGAAUCUAUGCCACCUGCUGACUCGACCUUGGACAGAACCUUUUCCAUGAAAGAUGAAUCGGCUUCCGGGUGCGCUUCAAAUACUGAAGGAGAUGCAGCAGCCAUAAUGGGCGUUUCCAUGAGCAUUAAGCUUUUUGGGAGGACAGUUUUGGUGUCAGAUCUACAUAAACAAUCGUCUCCUAGUACCAAGGACUGCAAUUUGUCGAUAUCUAAGGCCAGAACAGAUAAUAAUGAGAGUGAUAGUGGUAAGUGUGGUCAACCAUUACUAUGGGAUCAAUCGGACACACGCUUGUCGCUUGGUGGAUUAGUUAGUAAUUGGAAUUCUUUGGCAUCUGGUUCUACAAAAAACAGGGUGGAACACCAAAAUGGGAACCCAGAGUCUCUGCAGGCCAAUCCGGAUGCCUCUCCUCCCUUUCCAUGGUGGAUUAAUCUACCAUUUUGUCAGGUUCUGCGUGUCGAUUCUUGUACUUCAAAUGAUGGGUUAGAUAGUUCAAAUGAUUCUUUAUGUGAACGAGCUCGUAGCGUUGUUGAACCCUGCAAUUUGAGGAAGGGGUUUGUACCAUACAAAAGAUGUUUAGCAGAUACGAACAGGAACUCAUCAGUCAUUGUAUCUGAAGAUUCGAGGGACAGGCAAAGGGCUCGUGUUUGCUCUUAAUUUUCAGUCACAAGUCGCGUCUGUAUUUUCAGUUUUCUUUAGUUUUUUGUUUUGUUUCUUCCCACUUGAAAGGCGUAUAUUGAUUAAUUGAUUGUAGUGAGAGGGAAUAAGUAAUCUGAAAAGCAGCAGCUGAAUAAUGACUCACGAUAUCAAGAGAAUGUUCGAGCAGAAAUCGGUUCGAGCAGUUUUUUGACAUCUGAAAUCAUUUAUCUCUG